AUGAAGAAUCUUUACUUGGACCAAAAUGGAGAUGUAGCAGCAGAUCUGGUCAUCAGGACCUGGAAGGUUCUCCCCAACUUGGGUCACAACUAUUGGUACACAGGGAGCUUUGAAAGAGGAAGACUUUUUAUCAGCCAAGAUGAUCUUUCACGGCAAAAGUUGCUCAACAAGUCCCUGCCUCAGUCCCAUUGUGUGAAAAGUUGCCAUCCUGGCUUUGUCAAGAGAGCUCGAGAAGGAGAGCCAGUUUGUUGCUACAAUUGUGUUCCUUGUCCGGAAGGGACCUUCUCCCCUCAGGAAGAUACAGAAAAAUGCACAAAUUGUCCAGAUGACAAAUAUCCAAAUGAAGACCGAGUCCAAUGCAUCCCCAAAGUUAUAGCCUUCCUGUCUUAUGAAGAACAUCUGAGCAUCAUCCUGGUCUCUUUUGACCUACUCUUCUUCCUAAAUACAGGCCUUGUUUCAAUCAUCUUCAUAAAAUACAGAGAAACUCCCCUUGUCAAAGCCAACAACCGGGACCUCUCCUACAUCCUCCUGGUCUCCCUCCUGCUUUGCUUCUUGUCUCCUUCUCUCUUCAUUGGUCAGCCAAGGAAAGCCACCUGCCUUCUACGACAGAUGGUUUUCAGCAUCCUCUUCUCAGUUGCCAUUUCUUCUCUCUUGGCCAAAACCAUCACGGUGGUGCUGGCUUUCCUGGCCACAAAACCAGGAAACCGAGUGAAGAGAUGGUUGGGGAAGAGCUUGGCCAACUCCAUCAUCCUGUCUUGUUCUGCUGUCCAAAUUAUCAUCUGUUCCAUCUGGCUGGGAGUUUCUCCCCCAUUCCCUGACUCUGACCUCCACUCCCAGCCUGGAGAGAUCAUCCUGCAAUGCAACGAAGGGGCCGUUGUCAUGUUCUACCUCACCCUCAGCUACAUGGGCUUCCUGGCUGCCAUCUGCUUCACGGUGGCUUUCUUGGCCAGGAAUCUGCCUGGGGCCUUCAACGAAGCCAAGCUGAUCACCUUCAGCAUGCUGGUCUUCUGCAGCGUCUGGGUGACUUUUGUGCCCACCUACCUGAGCACCAAAGGGAAGUACAUGGUGGCUGUUCAGGUCUUCUCCAUCCUGGCCUCCAGUGCUAGUCUGCUGGGCUGCAUCUUCAUCCCCAAAUGCUACAUUAUCCUCCUGAGGCCAGACCUGAACACAAAGGAGCAUCUCACAGCCAGAAUAAAUGUAAAAACAUGA